CAGCAGUGAGCCUCCUGUGUUUUUACUGUAUUCCGCUGAUGGGACAGAGGAAACCCUGACUCACCUGGAGCCGGACUGUCCUCCACAGUGUUCCUGUUGAGACAGAGGCCAUCAAACCACUAUGAAGAGUCUGAAGGCAAAGUUUAAAAAGACUGAGAGCCAGGACUGGAGUAAGAGUGAUGAGAGGCUCCUGCAGGCUGUGGAGCAGAACGAGCCCGACAAAGUCUCCGCUCUCAUCGUCAAAAAAGGCCUCUGUCCCACGAAGCUGGACGGCGAGGGCAAGUCAGCGUUCCACCUCUCUGCGUCCCGCGGCCGGCUGGACUGUCUGGAGGUCAUCAUCGCUCACGGAGCCGACGUCAACAUCACUGAUGGCGCUGGCUUCAGCGCCCUUCACCUCGCCGCCAAACACGGCCAAUCAGAAUGUUUAAAGAGGCUCCUACAGGAGAGAUUAUCAGUAGAUUGCACAGACAGCAUUGGUAGGACGCCGCUUCAUCAUGCAGCGGUCAGUGGUUGCUUGUCCUGCUCUGAGACAUUGUGGGAUUUUAAAGCCAGUCUGGAUGUCCAGGAUGGGGACGGGGAAACCCCUCUGAUCUUGGCAGCUCAGAUGAGCCGAGUGGAGCUGUGUGUCUUUCUGCUGGGUCGAGGUGCCAAUGCCAACAUUCAGGACAACCAGGGAAGGUCUGCCUUGAUGCUGGCGUGUGAGAGUGACAGCAUGGAGACAGUAGAAGCUCUGCUGAGAGGCGGGGCCAACACGCAGCUGGAGGACGCCCUCGGACACAAUGCCAUCGACUACAGCAUAACCACGGGCAACCAACUCAUCAUAGAGAUGUUGCAGAACGGUGUACCUCCAGCUCCUGAGGGCGAGGAGCCCCCUCAAAUCCCCUCAGGCGCCUCAUCAGUGCAAGGGGGCACGACCCCCCGCAAACGGAAAGCUCCUCCACCGCCGCGCUCUCCUUUGCAGAUCAAGGGGAUGCCACCUUCUCCACACCCCAGGAGUCCUGCUCUUCCUGAGCCCCAGUCUCUCUCUCCCUCUCCCCAGCCUCCAGAGACACAAUCAGCCAUGCAGGCGGAGGACGAGGAGGUGUUUGAGGAGAUUCGACGGCUGCGUCAGGAGCGAGGCCGCCUGCUCCAGAAGAUCAAAGCCUUGGAGCAGCAGCACCAGAGCGCCCUCUCUGCCUUGGAGGAGUUGUCGGAGCUAAAGCAGCGUCUAGAGGAGGCAGAGGCGGAAAGAGACCGGCUGCUUGAGGAGCUGAAGGGAGGCCAUGGUAUCGGGGCGAGUGACUCUGAGGACAUGGAUGAGAUGUUUGACUUCCCAGAGAAGCUGCUCUCCAAGCGCUCCAGAGCCUCCCCUGCUCAGGAUGAAGAAUCCUCUCAAGGAGACUCGGCCGAGCCCUCCCCUGUCCCCAGAGACUCAGGAACUGUUGCCGCGCUGCACAAACACAUGGAGGAACUUACCUCACAGAACUCUGAACUCACUCUCAAAGUGCAGAUGCUGGAGAUGUUCGAGAAGGAUGACACGGACAUGCAGACCUCCAGUACAGACUUUGUCCCCAUAGUUCAGUACGAAACCCUGAGGAAGGAGUUUGAAGUCCUGCAGGAGCGCCUCUCUGCGGCCCAGGCUUCAGACGAGGCCUCCAGCGUGGCGGAGGAGCGUGAUGAGGAGUCUCAGGAAGGAGGUGCAGAGACUUUGGAGGCUCUGAAGAAGAAGAUGCGAGCGCUGAAGGAGCAGCUGGCCUCCUCUCAGUCUGAGCUGGAGGAGCUGAAGGAGCAGAUGCGUCUCGGGGUGCUUUCUGUGGAGUGUGGGGAGAGCGCCGCAACAGGUGGAGGCGAGUCUGCAGAGGAGGGUCUGAGAGAGGAGGCGCAGCAGCUGAGGGCCAGGGUGACGGAGCUGGAGGAGGAGCUAGCCGAGAGAGAGGGCGAAGCAGGCGGUCAGAGCAGCCGGGACAGUGACAAAAUCAAACAGCUGACGGAGAAAGUAGAGGAACUCCGUGCUGCUUUAUCCAAGAGAAAAGAAGGCAAAGGAGAAGAGGGGGAAGCGGUGAAGUGCCUCCGUGACAAAGUAGCUGAGUUGGAGGCAGCCCUGGCAGAGAGUAAAACAUCGGGGAAAGAAGGAGGAACAGGAGGAGAUGGAGAUCAGGUCCGGCGUCUCCAGGAGCGUUUAGGGCAGCUGGAGGGGGAGCUGAGGCAGAGUGUUGCCCGCUCGGAGCUGGAGGAGGUGCAGGUGAAUCUGGGGCUGCAGUGUGAGCAGCUGGCCAGGGAGAGGGCGGAGGUCGCCCGGAGGCUCAAUGUCGCUCUGCUGGAUCUGGAGAGAUUCAGGCCUCCUCCACGGAUAGAUGAGGACGAGGAGGAGGAGGAGGAAGAGGAGGAGCGUUCAGAGAGCUCAGAGCGCUCAGGUAGAUCUGAGCUCUCCAGACGCUCCAUCACGGCGGUGAGGGAGGAGCUGGAGGUGGCGAGGCAGGAAGCAGCGCAGGCUCUGGACUGUCUGUGUGCGGAGAGGGAGUGCCGCGCUCAGGACGCCCUGCAGGUGAAGGGCGCCGUGCCUCUGUCCAAACACAAGGAGGCGCUGUCCGCAGUGUCAGAGCAGCUGGCUGACACUCUGCAGGAGCUCCAGGAGGAGAAGAGCCUCCGAGUUCAGGCUGAGGAGCAGACCGCCACAACAGAGGCCAAACUGAAGGACCUGCAGGAGGCUGUGCCCAAAGAGGAGCAUGAGAAGGUCAAGAGCGAGCUGCAGCAGUCCCUCCAGGCCAGUCAGAGCAGUGCAGCAGCAGCUCAGGAGGCUCUGCACGAGAAGGACAUGGAGCUGAGAGAGAUGAAGUCCCAGAAGGCUGCAGAACAGGGUCUGAUCUCCAAGGAGGACCACGAGGCCCUGAGGCUCGCCUUGCAGGCUGAGAUCAACGCCGCAGCAGCCCGAUUCAACGACCUCACCCGCAAACACGAGAAGACCUGCACUGAGGUGUUCCAGGUGCAGAGGGAGGCUCUCUUUAACAAGAGUGAGCGGCAGGCAGCGGAGUCGCAGCUGAACACGGUGCAGCAGCAGCUGGCCGAGCUGCAGGGCAGAUCCAGCCACAUCCAGGACCUCCACAAGGGCAUCCAGGACUCCCAGGGCCUGAUCAAGGAGAAGGACCGCAAGAUUACAGAGCUGUCCAAGGAUGUGUUUCGGCUAAAAGAGGCUCUGGGAGCUCUGUCUCCUCCUCUGGGCAUCACCUCUUCCUCCUCAUCAUCAUCAGCUAUCCACCAAAAUAACCCUGGCCAGCAAAUGGCACUACAGAACAGGAUCGCCAUACUCACCCAGCAGCUUCAGGAUUGGGAGAGAAAGCACAAACAGGUGGUGACUGUGUACCGUUCACAUUUACUGUCAGCUGUACAGGGCCGGAUGGAUGAAGAGGUGCAGGGUCUGCUACUCCAAAUCCUGAGGAUGUCCCAUUAGUGACACUGCAGCUUAAAACGUCUACAAAUCUCUCUCUUCCUCCAGUCCCUUCACAGGUCAGCAUGAAACAGCUCCAGCUCAGCAACCUGUGGGACCAAGCCAAAUACAACUGACCCGUGUUCAGACAUCGCUGCAUGAGUACAAUACAGUAACUGAAACAACAGCAGCAAGGCUUUACUGAGAAAGCAAAGGGAAAUAGUGUUACUUCUAAAAAAAAAAAAGAGUGCCUUCAUGGCUGGAUAAGUUGAAUGACAGCAGCCUAUACGUCGGGUUUAUAGCAGAAUGUGAAUAGUGAGUGGUUAUUUAGGAGUUAGAAUCCGGUGCAUUGAUUGUGUGACAAGCUAUUGAUUUUAUACUAUAUUGUUGUAAUAAAAAAAGUCAAACAAA